AAAUGCCGGUCCGGAAGCAAGAUACCCAGAGAGCACUGCACCUUUUGGAAGAUUAUCGUUCGAAACUAAGCCAAACAGAAGACAGACAGCUCAGAAGUUCCAUAGAACGGGUUAUUAACAUAUUCCAGAGCAACCUCUUUCAGGCUUUAAUAGAUAUUCAAGAAUUUUAUGAAGUGACCUUACUGGAUAAUCCAAAAUGUAUAGAUCAUUCAAAGCAGUCUGAACCAAUACAGCCUGUAAAUACUUGGGAAAUUUCCAGCCUUCCAAGCACUACUGUAACUUCAGAAACACUGCCAAGCAGCCUUAGCCCUAGUGUAGAGAAAUACCGGUAUCAGGAUGAAGAUACACCCCCUCAAGAACACAUUUCUCCACAAAUCACUAAUGAGGUGAUAGGUCCGGAAUUGGUUCAUGUCUCAGAGAAGAACCUGUCAGAAAUUGAAAAUGUCCAUGGAUUUGUUUCUCACUCUCAUAUUUCACCAGUAAAGCCAACAGAAGCUGUAUCUCCCUCUUCUCCCACUGUCCCUGUGAUCCCUGUCCUGCCAGUCCCUGCUGAGAAUACUGUCAUCCUACCCAUCAUACCACAGGCAAAUCCUCCUCCAGUACUGGUCAACACAGACAGCUUGGAAACAACAACUUAUGUUAAUGGCACUGAUGCAGAUUAUGAAUAUGAAGAAAUCACACUUGAAAGGGGAAAUUCAGGGCUUGGUUUCAGCAUUGCAGGAGGUACAGACAACCCACACAUUGGAGAUGACUCAAGUAUUUUCAUUACUAAAAUUAUUGCAGGGGGAGCAGCUGCCCAAGAUGGAAGAUUGCGAGUCAAUGACUGUAUUUUGCGAGUAAAUGAAAUAGAUGUUCGUGAUGUAACACAUAGCAAAGCAGUUGAAGCAUUGAAAGAAGCAGGAUCUAUUGUACGCUUGUAUGUAAAAAGACGGAAACCAGUAUCGGAAAAAAUAAUGGAAAUAAAGCUCAUUAAAGGUCCUAAAGGUCUUGGGUUUAGCAUUGCUGGAGGUGUUGGAAAUCAGCAUAUUCCUGGGGAUAAUAGUAUCUAUGUAACCAAAAUAAUUGAAGGAGGAGCAGCUCAUAAAGAUGGUAAACUUCAGAUUGGAGAUAAACUUUUAGCAGUGAAUAGUGUGUGUUUAGAAGAAGUUACUCAUGAAGAAGCAGUAACUGCCUUAAAGAACACAUCUGAUUUUGUUUAUUUGAAAGUGGCAAAACCCACAAGUAUGUAUAUGAAUGAUGGCUAUGCACCACCUGAUAUCACCAACUCUUCUUCUCAGCCUAUCGAUAACCAUGUUAGCCCACCUUCCUACUUGGGCCAGACACCAGCAUCACCAGGCAGAUAUUCACCUGUUUCUAAAGCAGUACUUGGAGAUGAUGAAAUUACGAGGGAACCUAGAAAAGUUGUUCUUCAUCGUGGUUCAACAGGCCUUGGUUUCAACAUUGUGGGAGGUGAAGAUGGAGAAGGAAUAUUUAUCUCCUUUAUUUUGGCUGGAGGACCUGCCGAUCUUAGUGGAGAGCUCAGAAAAGGAGAUCGUAUUAUAUCGGUAAACAGUGUUGACCUCAGAACUGCCAGCCAUGAGCAGGCAGCAGCUGCUUUAAAAAAUGCUGGCCAAGCUGUCACAAUUGUUGCACAGUACCGACCUGAAGAAUACAGUCGUUUUGAAGCCAAAAUUCAUGACUUACGGGAGCAGAUGAUGAAUAGUAGCAUUAGUUCAGGUUCAGGUUCUCUUCGAACUAGCCAGAAGCGAUCCCUCUAUGUCAGGGCCCUCUUUGAUUAUGACAAGACUAAAGACAGUGGCCUUCCUAGUCAGGGAUUGAACUUCAAAUUUGGAGAUAUCCUCCAUGUUAUUAAUGCUUCUGAUGAUGAAUGGUGGCAAGCCAGACAGGUUACACCAGAUGGCGAAAGUGAUGAAGUUGGGGUGAUUCCCAGUAAACGCAGGGUUGAGAAGAAAGAACGAGCCCGAUUAAAAACAGUGAAAUUCAAUUCUAAAGCAAGAGGAGAUAAAGGGCAGUCAUUCAAUGACAAGCGUAAAAAGAACCUCUUUUCCCGAAAAUUCCCCUUCUACAAGAACAAGGACCAGAGUGAGCAGGAAACAAGUGAUGCUGACCAACAUGUAACUUCUAAUGCCAGCGAUAGCGAAAGUAGUUACCUAAUCUUGAUUACAGAUGAGUAUGGCUGCUCAAAAGGUGGUCAAGAAGAAUAUGUCUUAUCUUAUGAACCAGUGAAUCAACAAGAAGUUAAUUAUACUCGACCAGUGAUCAUAUUGGGACCUAUGAAAGACAGGAUAAAUGAUGACCUGAUCUCAGAAUUUCCUGACAAAUUUGGAUCAUGUGUUCCUCAUACAACUAGACCAAAACGAGAUUAUGAGGUGGAUGGAAGAGAUUAUCAUUUUGUGAAUUCAAGAGAGCAAAUGGAAAAAGAUAUCCAGGAACAUAAAUUCAUUGAAGCUGGCCAGUAUAAUAAUCAUCUGUAUGGAACAAGUGUUCAGUCUGUGCGAGAAGUAGCAGAAAAGGGCAAACACUGUAUCCUUGAUGUGUCUGGAAAUGCCAUAAAGAGAUUACAGAUUGCACAACUUUACCCAAUCUCCAUUUUUAUUAAACCCAAAUCCAUGGAAAAUAUCAUGGAAAUGAAUAAGCGUCUGACAGAAGAACAAGCCAGAAAGACAUUUGAGAGAGCCAUGAAACUGGAACAAGAAUUCACUGAACAUUUCACAGCUAUUGUGCAGGGAGAUACGCUGGAAGACAUUUACAACCAAGUGAAGCAGAUCAUAGAAGAACAGUCUGGUCCUUACAUUUGGGUUCCAGCAAAAGAAAAGUUAUGAGGACUGAUGUUUCUCUGUUUCUCUUUUCCACAGUCUCAUUUUCUGCAACACUUCUUUGCCCUUUCCUUCUCGAGUCUGUCUUCAUUACUUCUUCCUUGUUGAAUCAUAUCCCACUCAUCAUGGUCUGCAGUUGCACUUGUUUUUGAUGUCUUAGUGUCUCCCUCAAGUUGUACUGUCGGUAUUAUUUCAUAUCACUAUUGGUUUGUGGCCAUUUUUC